UUUACAGAUUUUGCUAUAUAAACAAGAAUCGAAAUAAAUGUGCUAUCAUUUGUUUAACUAUUAUCAAAGAAGCUUUGCUACCAAAUUCUGCGCAAUGUCUCGCCUUUUUAUUCUAGCACUUAUUCUAUCCAUCCUAGCCGACAGUGCUUUUGGAAAUAUUGAAGAGCUUUUACGAAGCAUUGACAGGGCACUUGGUGGAGCCUUGGGUAUAAAUUCUGGUAUGGCAAGGUCUGGAUUUGGCAUAAGAACACCCAAUAGCGAAUUUUCGAUUGGAUAUGGUGGCUGAGUUCUCCGAAUUUCGAUGAAGAUCAUCCUGAAAUAUCUUUUCGUUUAUAAAAGAAAACGUUUCAUUAAAUUGCAAUUUUUAAUUGGGA